ACAUUGGAUGUUGGUGUGUUUCAGUACGGACACUCGGAGGCUGGUGGAGUGGAGCACGUUCCUCCAGGCUGGAGCUACUGGGUUGGACUGGAGAAGAACUCUAAAUAUUACAACUACACUCUGUCAGUGAACGGAAAGCCUCAGAAACAUGGAGCCGACUACAGUAAAGACUACCUGACAGACAAACUGGCCAACAUGUCUCUGGAGUUCCUCCAGUAUAAAUCCAACUACCAGCCGUUCUUCAUGAUGGUGUCCACGCCGGCCCCCCACUCCCCGUGGACGGCGGCUCCUCAGUACCAGGACAGCUUCAACAACACCAAGGCUCCCAGAGACCCCAACUUCAACAUCCACGGGAAGGACAAACACUGGUUGAUCAGACAGGCUAAAACCCCGAUGACCAACUCCUCUGUUCAGUUCCUGGAUGAUGCUUUCAGGAAACGGUGGAGAACUCUGCUGUCAGUGGACGACCUGGUGGAGAAAAUAGUGAAGAGCUUGGAGGUCAGAGGUGAACUGGACAAUACGUACGUCUUCUUUACCUCCGACAACGGCUACCACACAGGUCAGUUCUCUCUUCCUCUGGAUAAAAGGCAGCUCUACGAGUUCGACAUCAGAGUUCCUCUCAUGGUCCGAGGACCGAAUAUAAAACCCAACCAGACCAGCCAGGGCCUCCGUAAAAAGCAGUGA